AUGAAAACAGUUAUGGAAACAUGGGAUCACUUACAGCCAUUCCGUGGUCUGUACCAACGUCUGAAGGGUAAGCAUGGUCGUUUCCCGCGUGGAAUUUAUCAGGAAAACGUGUGGACUACACCGCCAGGACGUUGUCCAGGUGUGAGAGGCCCUCACAUUCACAUACUGAUGGCUCCAUUCCGUCCUCAUUGGUUGGAGGGCGUUGUGAUAUCGCCAGAUCCGAAUUUGAGGAUCGAUGAGGUUGGUGUACCACUUGAGGUGGCGCUCACUCUGACAUAUCCAGAAAUCGUUAACGAAUAUAAUAUUACGCGCAUGAAGAAGCUCAUUAUUUCUGGACCGGAUACUCAUCCUGGUGCUAAUUACGUCGUCGACCACGUUUCUGGA